AUGAAUACUGACAAGAGCAAAGCCGAGGACGGGCUUCCCGGGGACGCGAAAAUGAGUAUGCAUAGCGAGCACAACGAGCAUGUCAGGCUUGGCUCUGACCUCAAGGUUACGCAUGAAGAAGCGAUUAUACAAUCCGAGCCAACAGCAACAGCAGAAGAGAAUAAACGAGUGAAGAGGAAGAUUGACUUCAUUCUCUUACCGCUCAUGUGUGGUUGCUAUAUCUUCUCUUUCUUGGACAAGACCAUGCUUAACUAUGCCUCAAUUUUCGGAUUGAAGACAGCAUUGAAGCUGAAAGGAAACGACUAUAGCUGGCUUGGCAGCAUAUUUUACCUUGGAUACAUGGGUGGUGCUAUGUUCUGGCCCACUCUUGUGCAGAGAUAUCCUCAGCAUGUUGGAAAGCUCAUAUCUGGGGCCGUCUUCAGCUGGGCUGUUAUGUCUCUACUCACGCCCCUCUGUUUCAACUUUGCUGGCAUAAUGGUAGUGCGAUUCUUCCUUGGAUUUCUUGAAAGUAUCAACGGCCCAGUUUUUGUUAUUAUAACAAGCAAUUGGUGGACUCGAUCUGAACAAGCGUUCCGAACCGCAUUCUGGUUGGGCGGUACCCCUAUUGGCAACUUCAUUGGUGGGCUUCUGACGUACGCCUUAGGCUCGAUUCAUGGGAAUAUCGAGACAUGGAAGAUCUUCUUCCUUUUCUUUGGAGGCUUAACCUUAGUAUUCUCCAUUGUCCUCAUGUUUCUGAUGCCCGAUACUCAAGCCAACGCCAAAUGGCUCAGCAAGGAGCAGAGAGUAAUUGCACACGAAAGAGUCAGGGAGAACCAGACCGUCUCAGAGAAGAACCAGUGGCAGUGGCCACAAUUUUGGGAAGCUUUACGGGAUCCCCAAACGAUACUAUUCUUUAUCACCGCUAUCGGUAACACCAUGCCAUCGACGUUUGCGAGCCAGUUUUCCAGUCAGAUUGUCAACGGUUUCGGUUUUUCACCCACGGCGACUACAAUAAUCUCUACCUGCCCGGCAGCAACGAUUCAACUACUUACUUUCCUUUCUUUCUCCUAUAUCGCGUCUCGAUUCAAUAAUAUACGCCUCGUCCUUGGACUGAUUGCUUCGAUCCCGCCAUUAAUAGGCGCAUCACUUCUCCAUGUCUUGCCAAUUUCGCAUCAGGCAGGGCGCUUAGCGGGCUACUACCUUACAUACACGCACACCAUGUCGUUCACUCUUGCCACCGGUCUAAUGGCGUCCAACUAUGCCGGUAGCACCAAAAAGGCAACAGCUUCUGGGUUCGUUUUUGCUGGCUGGGCCGCUGGGCUCAUAGCAGGCCCUCAAUUCUUCCUCGAGAGUGAAGCACCCAACUACAAGACCGCGUUUGAAAUGCUGAUGGUGACUUAUGCUUUGAUGAUUGUUAUUCCCAUUAUUCAAAUCUGCUGGUAUAGAUACGAGAACCGGCGUCGUGACAGGCUUCUCAGUGCUAGAGCCGACGGCGAGCAGCCGGCCCGCAUCGGAUUUACGGACAAGUCGGACUUCGAGCAGUGGGAGACGUUCAGGUAUACCAUGUGA